AUGAUGAUGACGUGCCGUCUGCUGUGCGCCCUGUUGGUGCUCGCCCUGUGCUGCUGCCCUUCCGUGUGUGCGACAGCAAGUGAAAUUAAACCUCAACAAAAGGCCGAUCCAACGAAGUCUAAUCCUGACGGACAAGCUCUGGUGACGGAUUCGCCUAGUGCAGCUCAUCCUUCGCCACUGUCAAAAGAUAAGAAAGAAGCGGCAGAGUCAGAAAGUAAUUCCAAUGAUCUACAGGAAGAAUCCGGGAAAUCUGCUGGGGAAGAGGCGGAUCGUGAAGAGACCGAUAACGCAAAUGACAACAAUAAGAAAUCAAAUGCACCAUCUACGACCACCACGACUACAACAAAGGCACCAACCACAACGACAACGACGACGACCACCACAACUACCACAAUGGCACCAAGUACUACGAGUACAAAGUCGCCAACCACGACGACCACCCGCGCACCGUCACGUCUUCGCGAAAUCGACGGCAGCCUCAGCAGCUCUGCGUGGGUGUGUGCCCCGCUGCUGCUCGCCGUAUCCGCGCUGGCGUACACCACUGUGAACUAA